AAUAUAUAUAGGCUAGUUUAGGUAAAUAAUUAAAAAUGGAAAAUAGUGAAUUCGUUAAUUCAAGUCAGAGAUAUGACCCCUUGAUUGAUACCCAGCCUGAGGAUGGGGAAGGCAAGGGGUUUAAACACCCAGACUCGGUGUUUAAGAAGCAUCCUUACAAGCAUAGCAACUGGAUCUCUAAAAUAUUCUUCAGUUGGCCUUCAAAACUUGUCAGAUUCGGGAAAACUCAUAGACUCAAAGAGACGAACCUCGGGGGAAUAUACCCAGAAAUAUCUGCAGAAGUUCAACAGCAAAAGUUUGUCCAAAAUUGGGAGAAGUACAAAGCUAGCAAAAGAUUAUCAAUAUUUAAGGCACUGAUGGCUACUUAUAAGAGAGAUUUUAUACUUGCUACCUCUAUUAAUUUCAUUGUCUUGUUGAUGCAGGUAGCUGUGCCUUUCCUCAUCAAUGCUAUUAUUGAGUUCAUGACGGAAUCUCAGUACACAGACACCAAUAUCUGGAAUGGAGUUCUGCUAGUCUCAGCAUAUGUGUUCAUUAGUUGAAGCUCAGAUCUUGUUUCUCAGCAAGGGGAUUUUAUCGAAACAAUAAUGGGAAGCAAAUCAUAUUCAGCAUUGACAACUUUGAUUUACAACAAAACCCUAAAAGUCACCCCAUCAACCAACAAAGAUUUUGCUCAGGGAGAAAUUAUCAAUUUUAUCCAAGUUGAUGCUCCUCGUGCAUGUGGAUUAUGUUUGUCUCUUCCUCCGAUAGCAAGAUUGCCCUUCGUGCUGAUCUUUUGCCUAGUCUUCUUGUUCUACACAUUUGGCCUCUACCUUCUUCCUGCUAUUGGAGUUGCCUUGGUGCUAGCAGUCCUGAACUUUUUCUUUGCAAUCUGGAAUGCAAACCUAGAGAAACAGCAUCUAAAGAGAAAGGAUAAGAGGAUGAACAUGACUACAGAAGUAGUGAAUAACAUCAAGGUUAUCAAACUCAAUUCUUGGACAAAGUACUUCCUUGAGAAAGUUACUAAGCAAAGAAACUACGAACUUAGUAUUGGAAGGAAGUCUAUCUAUAUCAUUUCUGUAGAAAUCUUCCUGUUCAUUAUAAUGACUCCUACCUUUAUGAUUGGGACAUUUGCUUUCUUUUUCCUAUUUGGAAACUCUUUGACACUUGGCCAAGCUUUCGCUGCCACUCAUGUACUUCGGAUGCUGGAAGAGCCCAUAAAGUGGGUACCUCAGUUCAUUGGUGAGUUCACUCAAUUUUUGGUAUCAAUGAAGAGAGUAGAGAAAUUCCUGCUCUGUGACGAGAUCAACCAAAAACUGGUCGAAUUCUCCAACCCAAAUCUCCAAGAAAACUCCAUUGAUAUUCUUAUUGAGAACUCAAGCUUCUCAUGGGCUGGUCAAAAGAUAAAAGAGAAGGAUGGUGAUAAGGACAAAGAAGAAGGAUCACAAAAAGAAGAUAUUAAAGGAAACCCUGAAGAGACUAAACUCAUUAGCAAUGCUAUUAAUGAAGAAUCUGUCACUCUUGAUAAUGAAGAUGACCUCGAAGCUAAUACUAUUGAUGAAAUCUCAGAAAAGGAAUUAGAAGAGAAGAAAUGAAAAGAGAAAAAGGAUAACCAGAAGGAACCAACCCUCGGAGAAUCUGUCCAGCUCAAAGAUAUCAACCUUCAAAUCAGCAAAGGAGAAUUUGUCUGAAUCAUUGGAGAAGUUGGAUCAGGAAAAUCAUCUCUUUUGAAUGCCAUUCUUGGCGACAUGCUGUAUCUUAGCGAAGAAACCAUCCGUAAGAACAAAGGGAAAAUACUGAAUUGUCAAUUACGCAAAAUUCUUCACACAGAAGCCAUGAAAGAAGAAUCAAAGGUAAAGCUUGGAGGAACCAUCAGUUAUGUCCAACAAAUGCCUUGGAUCCAGAACAAAACAAUAAGGGAUAAUAUCCUCUUUGGACUUCCCCUAGUUGAAGAAAGAUAUAACAAGACAGUAGAAAUCUGCCAACUCGGCUCUGAUCUAGAGAUUCUCUCUGGUGGAGAUCUCACAGAAAUUGGUGAGAAAGGGAUCAACCUGAGUGGAGGCCAGAAAGCAAGAGUGAGCUUAGCUAGAGCUGUCUACGCAGAUAGAGAUAUCAUACUUAUGGACGACCCGAUCUCAGCUCUAGAUGCCAACGUGAAGAGAAAAGUGUUUGACAAAGUAUUCACAGAUGAACUCAAAGAUAAAACAAGAGUGCUUGUAACCCAUGCUAUCGAUUUCCUAGACAGAGCUGAUAGGAUCAUAAUUAUGGAGAAUGGUAUGAUAAAGUAUAAUGGACCAUAUGAAGACAUCAAACAUCAUGAAGAAGUAAAACAUAUUGUUGAAUCCCUUUCCCAUAAAACUGAGUCUUCCAAUCCUGAAGAAUCGAAAGAAGAGAUAACAGAGGGAAAAGGGGAGAUAGAAGAAAUAGAAGAUACCAAAAAUUACAUUAAAAAAGAAGGAUCAAGAAUCACAGAUGAGGAAAAUGAUGAAAUCAUUGAUGUGAACUGGGGAGUCUACAUCAGAUUUCUCACAGAUAAUUUUACAUGGCUCGCUCUCUUAAUUUGUAUCAUUAUCUUCAUUGCAUAUGCCUUUGCAGAAGUUCAAGGAAGCAUCUCAUUCGGAAACUGGAUCCAGAAGAGCAGGAAUAAAGAAGAUUUUUGGGGAUAUUUUUGGAUGGUAUGUCUCUUCCCUUUCCUGAAUGCUCUUUUCUUAGCAAUAAUAUUCGCAAUCAUGGUAUUAACCACGCUAAGAUCUUCAAAAAUUCUCCAUGAAGGAAUGCUUCAAAGAAUAUUACUUGCUCCAAUAAAUCUCUAUUUUGACAAGACUCCAUCUGGAAGAAUUCUAAAUAGAUUCUCGAAAGAUAUAGACACAACUGAUUAUGAUCUCGGAGAUAAGCUUGUUUGGACACUUUUAAUAUUAUUCGAAUGUGGAGCUACAAUUCUAAUUGCAGCGAUGAACAGUCCAUGGGUCUUAAUUGCAGUUCCCUUCUUCCUUAUCCUCCUUGGAGUAAUCAUGAAUUAUUACAUGAAGACAUAUCGGGAGUUGAAAAGACUCGAGAGUGUCACUCACUCUCCAAUCUUGAAUAAUCUUUCAGAAACUUUAUCUGGGCUCAGCACAAUCAGGAAUUUCAUGAAAGAGGAAGAUUUUGUGGAGCAUAACAAAAAGAUUAUUGAUACAAACAUAAAUACAGAGUUCUGGCAAGCAGCUGUCCAGAGAUGGCUUACAGUGAGGCUCCACUUCACUGGGAAAAUAAUCAUGAUCACCGCAAUGGCUCUAAUGCUAUUCUUCAGGAAGAACUUAAAUCCUGUUCUUGUCUCUGUCUUCCUUGUGCAUGUAUAUUCUUUAUGUGAAAUGUUGCUCUGGGGAGUGAUCGAGCUUACUGGAUUUGAAUCUCAACUCGUGUCAUACCAAAGAUGCUUAAAAGUCCUAGAAAUUCCCCAAGAGAGGCAAUGUGAAGGAUCUUCAAUGUCUCACUACAAUUGGCCAAGUUCUGGAGCUAUAGAAUUUGAUAAUUACUCUUUGAAAUAUCGUCCUGAAACAGAAAUUGUGCUUAAAAAUCUUAAAUUCUCCAUCAAAAACAAAGAGAAAAUUGGUGUAAUAGGAAGAACAGGGGCUGGUAAAUCAACAAUCUGUCUUGCUCUUUGAAGAAUAGUGGAAGCUUAUGGAGGAACCAUCAAAAUUGAUGGUUCUGAUAUUUCUAAAAUUCCUUUGGAAGAACUCAGGAAAAGAAUCACUAUAAUUCCUCAAGACCCUGCCCUUUUUAGUGGAAGUAUUAGAUUCAACCUAGAUCCAGAGGGAGUUUAUUCUGACUCUGAACUGUUAGACUUGACCAAUCAAGCUUCUCUGUCCAAGCUAAUCAAAAGAGAUGAGAAGGGUCUCGAUCAAGAGAUUGAAGAGGGUGGCAAAAACUUAAGCUCAGGUGAAAAGCAACUACUCUGUAUCUGAAGGGCUAUACUCAAACAAAACAAGGUUGUCUUAAUGGAUGAAGCUACAGCCAAUAUAGAUAUAAAAACUGAGGAAACUAUCCAAAACCUGAUUCAUGAAAAGUUCGAAGAUUCAACAGUAAUUACCAUUGCUCAUAGGUUAAAUACUAUUAUGGAAAGUGAUAGAAUUCUAGUCUUGGAUAAAGGACAAUUAGCUGAGUUUGAUUCACCAAGAACACUUCUUGAGAACCCUGAUUCAAUAUUCAGAUCAUAUGUGGAUUCUUUCAAGUCAUCUUAAUUCAAUAUGUGAAAUAUCAAUUUUUGAUA